UUCCUUUUUAAAUAAAUAAAUAAAUGUUUACAAAAAUCAUUAACAAUAUUCGUGAUACUUUUAAUCGUACGUCAUCAAGUAAUAAACAAAAGCCAUCAAAUAACACUGAAUUACGUCGAUGUUCAAUAACUGAAGAACUAGAAAAUAACGGUUCAACAAUGGAUAAUCAUAGUACAACUCCAUCAGUAGUACUAUUAACACCUAAAAGAAAUCAUUCUAUCUCGGGUCCUAUUCCAAUUCGAAAUAACGAUGCAAAUAACGAAAGACGUAGAUCGUCCACUUUAUUUGGUAUUUCAAAUGUUUCUUAUGAUGAUUAUGUACAAAAGGAUCUUAUUUCCAGCUCUUGGAGUUAGAGUGUAGCCGAAAAGGUCACUUUUUUAUAUAUACAUCAUAAUAGACAUGCUGUGGCAUAUACAUGUGUGUUCGUGUGUGCACAUGUGUGUUUUAAAGAACAAGAUAAAUAACAGUUGAUACUACUAUUCACUACUUUUGACGAAUAGAAAUCCCUUAUAUUUGAUGAUUUGCUUUGUUUAGGUUUAAUCUUUUUUUUUUUUUUU